AUUCUGAAGUUCAUCAUUUCUUCCAGCCUGGCUCUCUCUUGGUUUGAGCCAGAAACUGCCAGGAUCCUCACGGAGCAGGACCCAGAGAGCACCUGACCCAGGUAAACAGAACUUCUGAGAGAGUCUUGUUCCCCACCCUGGAAGAGUUCCCCUAGAUGAACUGAAGUCCAAUCUCAACUCAAGGUAUAUAGAAGGAAUGACUUGCCCAAGGCCACACAGAUAGUGAGGUGCAGAGCUAAGACGGAACUCACAGCCUCUCACCCUGCAUCCAGAGCUCUUUCUAUUGUCUACACCACCUUUGCUUCUUGGAGCUGAGCUGGGCCCCCAUGGGCUUUGCGGAGCUCCUGGAACACGUUGGCAGCUUGGGGAGGUUUCAGAUCUUUCAGAUUAUCUCUCUGGUCAUAGCUAUCAUAUUUGUCACCCCUCACAGCCUUCUUGACAACUUCACUGCAGCUAUUCCCAACCAUCGCUGCAGGCUCCCCUUGCUGGACAAUGCCACUGCCUCCCUCAAUAUCACCAGAGGCCUGGGUCCUGAUGCCCUCCUGAGGGUCUUCAUCCCCCUGGACAAACACCAGAAGCCAGAGAGUUGCCGUCGCUACCUCCAUCCACAGUGGCAGCUGUUGGAACUCAAUGCAUCAGUCCCAAAUGCCAGUGAGACAGAUACAGAGCCUUGCCUGGAUGGUUGGAUCUAUGACCGCAGCGACUUCACCUCCACCAUUGUGUCUGAGUGGGAUAUGGUGUGUGACUGGCAGUUCUUGAGGCCCAUGGCUCAAUCCAUAUUCAUGGCAGGCAUUAUGAUUGGAGCUCUUAUCUGUGGCCCUGUCUCUGACAGGUUUGGGCGGAUGCUGGUCCUGAGCUGCUGUUACCUGCACUUGGCCAUCACUGGCACCUGUUGUGCUUUUGUCCCCAACUUCUCCCUUUACUGCUGCCUCCGUUUCCUAUCAGCCCUUGCUGUGGCUGGCGUCAUGAUGAACAGUGGGAUACUCAUGAUGGAGUGGACAAAAACCCAGGCCGCAGCCACAGUGAUGACCAUAAAUUCUCUUGGGUUUAGCUUUGGCAUGGCCUUUCUCUCAGGCGUCGCAUAUACCAUCCGAGAUUGGGGCAUCCUCCAGAUUACCUUGUCCGUGCCCUUCUUCUUCUUCUUUCUGUCUUCAUGGUGGCUGGCAGAGUCUGCCCGUUGGCUCAUCAUCACAGGCAAAAUAGAUCGUGGGCUCCAUGCACUCAAGAAAGUUGCAGGAAUGAAUGGGAAGAAGGAUGCUAGAGACACCUUGACCAUCGAGAUUGUAAUAUCCACCAUGCAGGAAGAAUUAAUGGUGACUAAGAACAAGCACUCAGUGUUGGAUCUCUUCCGAACCCCUGAGCUGUGCAAGCGGUUUUGUUGCAUGCUCCCUGUGUGGUUUUGCUUUGGUUUCACCUUCUUUGGAGUUGCCCUAGACCUGCAGAGCCUGGGGAGCAAUAUUUUCUUGCUCCAGGUGCUCUUUGGGGCCAUUGAUAUCCCAAACAAGAUGGGUGCCUUCUUCGCCAUGAACCACCUGGGUCGGCGCAUAGCGCAAGCAGGCUCUUUGAUUCUGGCUGGUCUUUGCAUUCUUGCCAACACGUUGAUACCCCAGGAGCUGCAGAUCCUGCGGACGAUCCUGGCCAUCCUGGGGAUCGGCUUCCUGGGCUCUUUCUACAACACUCUUGUUGUGUACAGCAGUGAGCUCAUCCCCACAGUGCUCAGAAUGACUGCAGUAGGCGGGGUCCAGAUGACAGCACGUGUGGGCUCUAUCCUGGCACCUCUAGUGAGGUUGCUGGGCCAAUUCAACCCUUUGCUGCCCCUGCUCAUCUAUGGAGGUGUUUCUGUGACUACAGGCCUGAUUUCUCUCCUUUUGCCUGAAACCCUCAACCUGCCACUGCCAGACACCAUCCAGGAUGUCGAGAGUCGGUGA